CGGGAGGGAGCUACAGGCUGGAUCUAAUCGCGAGUUUGACGUUUCAGGAAAGGACUGUCAGUUGUUAGCGACCGGGGACCAUCGGACUGAAGAUGGAGGAGCCCAUGGUGCUGGUUUAUAACACGGAUGGGAAGCUGCAGGUCAACCCAGGGGCCCUGAGGGUGCUGCAGUCUGUCGAGGAUCCGCUGGUUGUGGUGGCCGUGGCUGGUGCCGCUCAUACAGGGAAGUCCUACCUCCUGAACCGCCUCGCGGGAGUCAAGAAGGGAUUCUCACUGGGAUCAACCGUCCAGUCUCACACCAAAGGAAUCUGGAUGUGGUGCAGACCCUUCCCUCAGAAACCGGAGCAACACCUCCUGCUGUUGGACACUGAGGGUCUAGGAGAUGCCGAGAAGGGAGACAGUGACAAUGAUACUUCAAUGAUUUCACUGGUCAUUCUCAUGAGCAGCAUCUUUAUUUACAACUGUCGGGGAAAUAUAGACCAGCAAUCCAUGGCGGACUUACAUUUUGUGACUGAACUGUCCAAACGGAUCCAGGUGAGGUCCCAGCCCAAUGACAGUGACAGUCGGGACUUUGUCCGUUUCUUCCCCGAAUUUGUCUGGCUGAUCCGUGAUCUGAACCUGGAGCUGGAGAUCAAAGGGAAAGAGGUGUCUGCGGAUGAUUACCUGGAGCACUGUCUCCGUCUGAGGGAGGAUGGGAACAGUCAGCAGAACCGGGAAUACAACGAUCUCCGCAGGUGUAUCCGGGAUCAUUUCCCGACGCGUCGCUGCUUUGCAUUUCCCUGUCCGGCUCACAGGAAUAAACUCAAGGGGCUUCAGGAAAUGGAGGACAAAGAUCUGGAUGAGGACUUUGUCAGGGAGCUUCAGAGACUCCAGGAAUACGUUCACACCCACAAGAAAGUCAAGAGAGUUCUCGGGGGUCACCAGAUCACGGGCAGGAGAUUUGCUGAACUGACUGAGACCUAUGUGGGCAUGAUGGCGGACGGGGCCCUACCGUGUGUGGAGAGGAGUGUCGCCAGAUUGAUGGAGGUGGAGAACAAGGCAGCAUUGGAUGAAGCCCUGGUCAUUUACAAACAGAAAAUGAGCCAAAUCUCCCACCGUGGCCUUGAAGAUUUCAGUAAACUCCUCGGGGAUUCUAAUAAGAACUACGAAGAGGCACUGAAAAUCUUCAUGAAAAAAUCCAUCUACGACCCAAGUGAGAAAUACAUCCAAGAGCUGGAGGAGGCCAUGAGUUCCCAUUACAAUUCUCUCAUGGGCAAGAUCGAGGCUGAGUCACGAGAGCGAUGUGAGAAAUCUCUCUCCGAAGCGAUGGGAUCGAUUCAGGCAAAACUGGAUUCUGGACACUACCUGGCAGCUGGUGGGUACCGGGAGCUGGAUUCUGAGCUCAGUGAGGCCGUCAACAAGUACAGAGCUGCAAUCAAGGAUGAAGUGCAGGGGAAUGACGUCCUCGCCCGCUUCCUGGGGAAAAGGAAACUUCUUCUCGGCCAGGUACAGAAGGUGGACAGGAAGCUGACUGAGGCAAAGCACGCUUUGGAAAAGGAGCUCUCGAAGGUGAAGGAGGAGGUGGAGAAGAGGGAGCGGGACAGGAAGGCGGCCGAGAAACGCAGGAACACGGAGCUCCAGGAGCAGCUGAGGAAGAAGUUUGAGGAGGGCAAGAAGUUCAGCCUGGAGGAGCUGAAGGAAGCCAUGGAGAAAGCAAAGAGAGAGGUGGAGAAGUACUUGAACGAGGGCAGGAAGGACGAUGCGAAAAGGACUCAGGAGACGUUCAACUACCUGAAGCUGAACUAUGAAAAGGAGGAAAAUUGGAGUUUCAAAACCAAACUGCAAGUCGCGGCUCAUGUUAUAUUGGGUGGAGUGCUGGGUGGGAUGGCUAUUGGGAUGGCCGGUGGGGUGGUGGGUGUGAUUGUCGGUGGGGUGUUGGGUGGGAUUUUCAGUUUAAGGGGGUAG